ACCAAGAGAGAAUGUGAGUGAGAGAGAGAGAGAGAGAGAGAGAGGGAGAGAGAUGGAAUGGAGAGAAGAAGAUGUGAGGGUGGGAGCGAGCAGGUACGGCGAGCUGCAGCCCAUUGGGACGGCGGCGCAGAGCAUCAAGGACUACGCAGAACCACCACCGGCGCCGCUGCUGGAGGCCGGAGAGCUGUCUUCGUGGUCCUUCUACAGGGCCGGCAUCGCUGAGUUUGUGGCUAGUUUCUUGUUCCUUUACAUCACCAUCCUCACGGUGAUGGGCGUCGCGAGGUCCCCCAACAAGUGCUCCAGCGUUGGCGUUCAGGGCAUUGCUUGGGCUUUCGGUGGCAUGAUCUUUGCCCUUGUCUAUUCCACCGCUGGCAUUUCAGGUGGUCACAUCAACCCAGCAGUGACGUUUGGGCUACUUCUAGCAAGGAAGGUGUCACUAACCAGGGCAGCGUUCUACAUGAUGAUGCAAUGCCUUGGAGCCAUAUGUGGAGCAGGCAUGGUGAAGGGCUUCCAGAAAAGCCAGUUUGAGAUGCUUGGCGGCGGCGCCAACACCGUCAGCUCCGGCUACACCAAGGGUGACGGCCUUGGUGCUGAAAUCAUGGCCACUUUUCUUCUUGUUUACACUGUCUUCUCAGCCACUGACGCCAAGAGAAAUGCAAGAGACUCCCAUGUCCCUAUAUUAGCACCACUGCCAAUUGGGUUUGCUGUGUUCUUAGCACACUUGGCAACCAUUCCAAUUACUGGGACGGGUAUUAAUCCAGCAAGGAGCCUUGGAGCAGCCAUCGUUUUCAACAGAGACCAAGCUUGGGAUCACCAUUGGAUAUUCUGGGUUGGUCCCUUCAUUGGGGCAGCACUUGCAGCAGUGUACCAUCUGAUGAUAAUAAGGGCAAUGCCAUUCAAAUCCAGAUCAUGAAUUCAAUUAAUCUUCAAAUUAAUGUAUGACUAGUGCUGGUGGUUUAUAUUGAUAAUAUUUAACCAUCCAGCCUAAUAUAUAUGGAAAUAAAUGCCUCUAUUAUCUUUCUUUUUCUCUCUUCUCAUCAUCUUCUUCUUCUUCUACAUGUAAUGAGGCAAAGAAAACAAAAUUAUAUUGGUAUCCUGAAUAAGUUACUAAUAUUUAUAUUCCUGUUGAUCCAAUUAAUUAUGGACAUAGGGUACCUUCCAGCUUCCACUUCUUUUU